AUUUUUAUUUAAUUUAAAAAUGUAAAUCGUUGUUAUAAAAAGUAGCGAGGACAUUUCUUCGUCUCAUGGAUAUAUCUCUUAUCUUAAUACAUCCAUGAUGUAUCCAGAGACGGUGGCUCUUUGAUGUAUCUUCACAUUGCCUUGUAACCCGGAAGUUAUUAGAAUGAUUUUGGGUGGCGCGAAAACAGCUGAAAGCGAAAAUUGUUGUUGUUUUUCUUAAGGGCUGCGGGACCACCUACAAGUUUUAGGUAGCUAGUUGUGGUUGCUGCUGCCUUUUCAGUCGCCAUGUGUGAAAAGAUAAAGAAGGUGAACAGCUGGCUCAGCGCAGUGUUUGGAGAUCAGCCGGUGCCACACUUUGAGGUCAACACAAGAACUGUCGACAUCUUGUACCAGCUGGCACAGUCCAGUGAAGCCCGGUGCAGUGACACAGCUCUCCUCACAGAAGACCUCAAACAGAAAACAUCAGAGUAUCAGGCUGAGGGUGCUCAUCUCCGUGAUGUUCUUUUACAAGGUGUAGGUCUGUCCUGUGCAAGCUUGUCAAAGCCUGCUGCUGACUACUUGUCUGCUUUAGUGGACACUGCCAUGGUACUUGGAGUCAGAGACACAUCACUGGGCAGCUUUAUGCCAGCAAUGAACAACCUCACCAACGAACUGCUGGAAAAAGAGAAGUCAAACAGGAGACUUGAGAGGGAACUCAGGGCCCUCAGAGAGAGACUUGGUGUUACUCUAGUGCUGCGGAGCAACUUACAAGAGGAUAUCAACAAAACUAUCAAAUCACAGUCAGUGGAGAGCGCUAAAGCGGAGGAGAGGCUGCUCAACAUGGAUUUUGUGACGGCAAAGGUUAAAGAGCUCAGCAGCAGACGGGAGAGGGCAGAAGCUCAACUUGUAUCCAGGAACAUGGACAAGUCUAUCACCCACCAGGCUAUUGUGCAGCUUUCUGAGGAAGCCACCGCGCUGAAACAAGAAAUAAUCCCUUUGAAAAAGAAACUGGAGCCUUACAUGGACUUAAGCCCGAGCCCAUCUCUUGCUCAAGUGAAAAUAGAAGAAGCAAAAAGAGAAUUGGCGGCAAUUGAUUCCCAAAUGGAGAUGAAUAUGGAUUUCAAGUGAAAAUGUUUGUAAUGUUAAAAUGUUAUCUGUUUUGAACUGUAAAUGAUCUGUGAUUGAAGAAUAAUAAAGUCAUUGUUUCUAUGUAUUGGUGACUCUUUGUAAUGUUUUGCUGCAGCCAACCCCUGUCUGCCUCUAAAGACCGAAAAGCUUUAGUUUGGGAAGUUAAAGUCAAAAAUAGUUUCCUCUGACAUUCUGUCUUUCUGCAUUUUUAACAGUUUUUACAUAUUUCUUCCU